CUAUAAUGAUUUUCUAUAAUCUCUCAUUAUAAACCUGUAAUUAUUUUCAUAUAUAAAUAUCAGCUCAUUAAGUUCCUACUUUAUCAGGAAUGGUUUGUGAUAUAGAGCGUGGUGUGUACAGUGAUAUAAAUAAAGAAGCUGCUCAGCAGUAACAGUGUGUGUGUGUUUCUGAGCGUGUGCAGUAGAUGAUGGAGCUGUGUGAUGGACGACAGAAGUUUCAUAAAUACUCCACAUUUCCUGGAUGGAGCUUCAGUUCACAAACUGGCAGGACUGGUGUACCUGGCGGCCGGACGAUACCAGGAUCUAAAACUAGAGGAACUAUAAGGAAUGAUGUGGACGUCACCGUCAGGGUUCCACCUUCUUCUGAGAGUCGACUGUCUCCUGAAUUUACUGCUCAAAAUGUUUUAAUACAAAAAGAAAAGAACAUGAAGGAGAAGACAUGGGAUUGGGUGAAUACAUGGCAACCCAAACACUACAGAAGAGACCCUAUUGCUGGUUCUGACUGUUAUCAGGAGGUGGGAGGUUGGGCAGGAGGAUUUUAUCACUCUGUACCCAGGAGGAAACACGAUGGUGAUGGAGGGAUGUGGAGGGAAACCAUGUUCAUGCCGAAUAUUCAGAAGGUUCCAGGUUCUGUAGGCAGGUUCCUCCAUGAAGAUCCAUAUAAGAGCAGGGUGGUGAGGAAACCUCCUCCUCCUUACCCUGGAAAUUGGGGUUCUUCUAGGAACAAGAAUGGCAGGGUGAUAUCUAGUCCACAUUUUGGCCGACCACCGAACUACACACUGCCUCCACCAUACAGCUCACAGAGCAAACCAGCAAAACCAUUCGAUCCAGACACGCAGAUGAAGUCUGGGUUUGGUACAAGACCAGAUACUGAUGAUCUACUAAGUUCAUCUAGGGAUCAGACGCCAUAUCAUCAGGCUUAUGAACCAAGUCAACUCCAGCUUCAACAGACUUAUCCUGACAGAUCUCACCGAGUUCCUGAACAGAUUCAGACGUCCUGUCAUGAGAAAUCUUUGUCCAACCCAAGAGAACCCAGGAGAAGAGGUGGUGGAACUGUUUUCUGCUUAAUCUCUCGUGUUGGGGAUCCAGCAAACAUCUCCAGUUCAUCUGCAAAGGAAAACAACCGAAAACAAACCCAGCCGGUGGACAGAGUCACUCCUGGAGAAGAUACUAAACUGCACAGAUCUGUUAUGUCUCCCCAUUCAGACCAGACACCCAAAGGAACCUCUGAGGAACAUCAAAACCAGAUUGUUCCAUGCUUAGAUACCUACAAGAAAGUGCAAGAUGUGGGAAGAAUGAAAGAUGAAGAUCCUACAGAAACGUUCCCAUUAUGGAAGAAACAUCGAGCUCCCAGUGAGAACCAGUAUGAGCAAACAGAAUCAAACCUCAGUGAUGCUACGAUCAGAAGAAAAAAACAAACUCUGGUGUUUAUAGAUGCUACAAGCGUCGCUGUUACAGUCCAACACGUGAACCCAGGUCCGACCAUCAUGUCUGGACGUGAUCCUGAUUCUCAGAGCUGCACAGUCCAGAAACUCUGUCCAAUAAAUCCUGAAGACUUAAUUCAUCAAGGUUCACCACAGGGUUCCAACGGCAGCGCUGCUAAACAAACUGGUCCAGUAUCAGGUCACGUCCCAUCCAGCAAAGUCAUUCAGAGAGCAGAAAGGAUUCCUGGACGUCCAUUUCAUGAUCACAGGAACAGACAGGAUGAACUUCAGACUACAGAAGAAUCAGAAAGUCUCUUCAGAGGAGGAUCUGAAAAUGCUCCAGUCCUGAUACCAAGGGAAGAAAAACUUCAAAUCAAAGCAAAUGCUCAAGACAUGUCAACAGUUCUCGAGGUAGAUCAUGUGAUGGUGCCAAAACAGACCAAUCAUGAAGGUAAAGUCAACUCAGUGAAGCGUAAACCCACUCUGGAUGACCAGUUCUCAACAAAGCUGGAGAAUAAUCAGUUACGCUUGAGUACAGAAGCUGAGGUCUGUGAUAGUGCCAUUGAUGACCAGUGGAACCGCUACACAAACCCUUCUGAUGAUCAUAAAGUUACUGGUAGUCCUAAAGAGGACAAUAAAGAUCAUCCUAACCUGACCUCACCUGUUAGAUCUUUGGGAAACAUUCAUCUUCAACAUCCAUCGUUCUCUGGAGGCCAUGUUUGCCAAGAAAGUUCCAUCAGGGGAGACGAAACUGAUAACAUCCUGAACCCUGAUGUGGUUAAUAUUAAUGAGUCUUAUGGGUCUGGGAAUCAUCUCCAGAAGAGUAUCUCCUCAAACAGCAGACUUCAGGUCAGUCAUCUGGUCCAGCUGUUUUCCAGAGAUGGUGUUAAAAACAGAACAAAAGUGUCUGGUGAGGAAAACCCGUCAAAUGCUAAAAAUAUAAACAGUCACUGCUCAGCUUUUAUUGGAGACUUACUGUGGCAAGAAGGACGAACCAGAAAAGAUGAAGUGUUAGUAGAAACACGUGACCUUCACGUAGGUCCUGUAGAAAACACAACCAAUAAAAUGAUUCCACAAGAUGAAAAACUCUUGAAUAAAGAGGAUGAUGUUCUUCAUCUUUAUCAUCGAUUAUCUGGAGAAGAUGAACUAGAGAACCACUGCUCGACAGCCCUCGAGAACCCUGUAGUAAACACUACUGAGUGGUUUCAUCAACAGGGCAGUCCGCAGGAGGACACAGAGGAGGAUGAAGCUGGUCCAUCUUCUCCUUUCAAUGAAGGUCAUUCCAAAAUAAAUAAAACAGCAUGUUUACAGAAUCCCUGCUCAACCCUGUCUAGUAGAUCUGUGAAUAAAGUAACACCAGGAUUUGGACGAGAUGGUUCCACAACACAGGGCGAGUCUCCGAAUGUAAAACAGGAGGGUCGUCCCAGUGUAGACGUGAGUUUAAAUAAAGUGAAGGAUAAGCAGAAUCUCUGUCCAUGUUCUUCCUCUGACCCAGACGCCCCACAGAAAUCCUCCAGUUCUUCUUCUGUCCCGUCUGAUCGAGUAAAAUCAUCUCACAGUGUCUCACAGAUCAGUGACGUUCACCACAGGGUUCGUCCUCCAGCCCCGUCCACAGCACUAAAAUACAACAGAGCCAAGCGCUGUCCCAGGAUCCUCUGUGAUGCCGUGAGUCGCAUACGCAGGCACACCGCGCCCGAUUCAGAGAACGAGGAGGAGGAAGGUGUGGAGAUAAGAACUACAGAAGAUGUCUGGCUGCUGGAGGAGAGAGGAGGAAGCUGUGGUGGAGAUCUCUCACAGAACGUGUUCAUAAGCUCUGGUGAGGAAGACGAGAAUCCAUCAGGACGAGCAGAAGAAUCUGAUGAUACACAAUCCAACAGCAGCGUGGACAGUCAGGACUCCACCGACACGGUUAUUCAGGGUGAGAGCAGGAUGAAGGAACGUGCUGAGGAAUCUGAGUUAUUCAGUCAGAAUUAAGGAAGAAGAAGCAGAACUUCAGGAAUUGUGUUUAAUGGGACGUUUAUUUAGAACAAAAGUAUUAAUGUUUUAUUUAAUUAAACUUUUAUUUUUGCAUGAAAUGAAGCUGUAAGUCAGAAAAAGCUUCACAAUUAUUGAGGUUUUAUUUCAAAUAAUAUCGCUGAAAGUGUUUUUAUAGACCAAAGAUGAGUAGUGUUUAGAGAGUGAAACGGGACAGUGUAGCCUGGUGGUUAAGGUACUGGACUAGAAAUCAGAAGGUUGCUGGUCCAAGCCCUUGAGCGAGGCCCUUAACCCUCAAUUGCUUAGACAGUAUACUGUCACAGUACUGUAAGUCACUUUAAUAAAAGCAUUUGCUAAAUGCCAAAAAUAAAUAUAUAAAUAUAAACAGCUCCUGUAGGAUUGGAUUAUUAAUAUUAGCAGCUGGUUAAUUAUUGUUAUUAGUGUUUGAUUCGUUACGUUAGGGUUUGCACAUGAAUAAAACAGUAGUGCACUGUGUAGUAAAUAAAAUGUGAUUUGGAAUAAAUUCUGUAUUUGCUUGA